UGAAAUAUCGGCUCUUUCCGAGAGAUUGGGGGAGGGUUGUUGACAUUUCAACGCGACCUACACCACUGUAUACGAGUAUUUUGCAACAUGGAACAAAAUCACGUUUUAUCAAUUCAAAGUACGGUUGUGUCUGGUUACGUUGGAAACAAAUGUGCAUCAUUCUCGCUUCAGAUUCAUGGGUUUGAUGUGUGCCCUAUAAACUCUGUGCAGUUGUCCAAUCAUACAGGCUACAAAUGUUUCAAGGGUCAGGUGCUGAAUGACAGUGAUGUUGCCUGCCUGUACGAUGGACUUAAGCAGAACAAUAUACACAACCAAUUCUCACAUCUCCUCACAGGUUACAUUGGAUCAAAGUCAUUCCUGUUGAAGGUUGGAGAUAUCAUUGAAGAUGUACGAGCAAGCAAUCCCGGGCUCAUAUAUGUAUGUGACCCAGUAAUGGGAGAUAAUGGAAAAUUGUAUGUACCACAGGAGCUGUUACCCGUGUACAAAGAUGUGAUCAUUCCAAAGGCAGACAUUGUGACUCCCAAUCAGUUUGAGGCAGAGUUGCUGACUGACAUGAAGAUUUCCAGUGAAGCUGACGCCCUACUGGCCAUGCAGAGGCUACAUGAGAUGGGACCCAAGACUGUUGUCCUUAGUAGCACCAGCCUGGGGUCGGAGGGCAUACUGGUAGCGCUGGCUAGCACCGUGAAAAAUGGAGAGAAGGAGUGCUACAGGAUAGAGAUGCCCUACCUUCAAGCUAUCUUUGUAGGCACUGGGGACCUCUUUGCCUCCUGUCUACUUGCAUGGAUGCACAAGGACAAUGACUUAAAGCUGGCCUUUGAGAAGACUGUGUCAGCUGUACAGACUGUGAUCAGACGUACGCUGCAGGCAGCUCAAGAGGCGGCCGGGGCAGGUAACACGCCCAGCCCUGCCCAGAUGGAACUGAGGCUGAUCCAGUCGAAGGCAGAUAUAGAGUGUCCCACCAUAACCUUUACGGCCACCAAGAUAUCCUGAUCUCAACAGAGGUGUAGGCUUCACAGGGCAAGACGAGGGCUUCAGUUGAAAAAAAUAUUUAUUAUCAUAUAUAAACUGUGGAAAACAGGGUUAAUACAUGUGCAUAAAGUGUCAUCCCAGAUUAGCCUGUGCAGUCCACAAUUGCUAAUCAGGGACGAAACUCUUUUACUUAACUGGAUUUACCCUAAUGAGAGUCUUCCAGAAAAUGAAAAAUUCCUUAAAAGAAACAGAUGUGUUGCUUUAGUGACGCUUAGAAAACCUGCACUACCAGCCAUGGAGAGGGGUUUGAGUUUUUUUGUCAAGCAAUUAAACUUUCACAUUUUCUCAAAACAAUGAGGAAGGCAACGAUUUAAAUGAAAGGACAUAAUAUAAAUAUACACACUGAUGGCUUUUAACUGCUUGUGAUGGCAUUGUGAGAAAUAAUGCUAACUUUAUUGCAUGGGUUUGUUUCAAUAAUAAAUAACAUGAUGAUGAUGUGUACAAUUGUCAUCCACGAAACUUUACUUAUUAGCAUUUAACCCGGUUUUCCUACAUUCAUCUUCAUUCAUGUUAUUUUUAGCUCACCUGAGCACAACGUGCUCAUUGUGAGAUUUUGUGAUCGCUUUUUAUCUGUUGUGUGUUAUCCGGCGUGUGUCUUGUGCAGUCAACAUUUGCCUUGUUAACUCUCUAGAGGCCACAUUUAAUGUCCAAUCUUCAUGAAAUUUGGUCAAAAGAUUGGUCUCAAUGAUAUCUUGGAUGAGUUCGAAAAUGGUUACGUUUGCUUGAAAAACAUGGCUGCCAAGGGGCAGGGAAUUUUUCCUUAUAUGGCUAUAUAUGGCUUUAGUUAAACCUUGUUAACACUCUAGAGGCCACAUUUAUUGUCCAAUCUCCAUGAAAUUUGAUCAGAAGAUUGAUCUCAAUGAUAUCUUGGAUGAGUUUGAAAAUAAUUAUGUUUCCUUGAAAAACAUGACUUCCAAGGGGCGGGGCAUUUUUCCUUAUAUGGCUAUAGUAAAAUCUUGUUAAUACUCUAGAGGCCACAUUUACUGUCCGGUGUUCAUGAAACUUGGUCAGCAGAUUAUUCUUGUUAAUAUCUUGGAAUAGUUUUAAAAUGAUGCUGGUUGGUUGAAAAACAUGGCUGCCAGGGGGCGGGGCAUUUUUCCUUAUAUGGCUAUAGUAAAACCUUGUUUACACUCUAGAGGCCACAUUUAUUUUCCGAUCUUCAUGAAACUUGGUCAGAAGAUUUGUCCCAAUAACAUCUUGUUAUUUCAGGUGAGUGACUUUGGACCUUUCAGGCCAUCUUGUGUUUAUUUAUUUUCAAAUGCUUGUUGCUGGUAGUUAAAUAGGUUACAACCUGUUUGAUUAAAGAGAUAUUGUGAGGUGUCAUUUCCAAACCACACCAACUUAUCAUUUUUAUUGAAGUCUCUUUCGUUUCAUGAUUUAUAUUUUUAUUUUAUACACUUCAACAGCGUUAUUUCGAACACCGAUAAUCCGAAGUCACCGUUAUUUCGAAGUAUUUUUCAGGUCCCGAUUUUGGUUCUCCUUUGUUUAAUGUAAAAUUUCAUUGUUAAUCCCAACUUCGUUAAACCGAAGAAAUCGUUAAUUUGAAGUGAUUCAGUCGGUCCCAACACUAAAAUUCGCACCUAAUUAUCAAUCUUUAAUCCGAAGUCAAAACUGCAAAAUACGGUGCGUAAUUUCACACCUUUGUCGUGGCGCGUCAAAAGCAGAUCAUUACACCUUUGUCGUCUGCGCGAACGCCGUUGUUCAGAGAUACAUAGCGUAUUAGUUAAAAAAAAUGUUUCAUUUCCGAAAAUGUAUUCAUAUGUAUGUGUGUCUGAUAAUUUGUGUUAUUCUUUAUAUUUUAUAUGUUCUGUAAUUAGACAAAAAUAAAAACAAGAAAAAGAAUCGUUUUAUUCCUCCGUUUGUUACAAGUGGAAAUCUAUUGCUAUCUGACUAGUUUACGCUUUUCAGUAAGCGUGUAACCGAGCCAUGUGAAUUCCACAACGUUUUAUUUAUACAGAAUCAAAGAAGUCUUCUGUCAAAUGUUUAUUUCCAAUUAUCGUUAAUCCGAAGUUUUUUAACGGUCCCGACGACUUCAAAAUAACGGUGUUGAAGUGUAUAUUACUUUAAUUAUGUCAUUUUUUCCCCAUUAAUGAAUUUACAUAACUGUUAUCCCGUUGAAAAUAAAAAUGUGAUAAUAAGGAAA